AUGGAGAGACAGCCUCGGAACACAGGAUGGUCGCGCUUGCGGCGCAUAAAUCUGAACCGCCUCUUGCUCCCGUCGAGGCCCGCCCACGGCGAUGCGCCGUUCAGGCCCGUCCAUACGCCCGAUCGACCGGAGGCUCCCACGCCGGUGACGGCCGCGCCGUCGGACGAAGAGUGCAUGCGGUUUCUUGAGGCGUUCCGAUCACCCAAGAGUUACGGGUUCUCGUGGGACGACGAUGAUGACGAGGGCGACGAGCCGGCAGUGUGGCCGCUCCCGCGGCCGCUGGAGACGAACGAGGAGACGGGGGGCACGUUGUCGACGACGAUGGACGCCAGUAUUCCCGUGACGGGACAAGCGAGCGUCGCAGUGGCCGUGGCCGUGGAGCGGUCUGCGGGGCCCAGAGUUGUGAGCGCGGUUGAACAGCCGCGGGCUGAGGAAGACCGGAAGACCAGACGGGCGCAGCGUGCGGUGGGCAUCACGGCGCUGCACGAGGUGCAGACGCGGUCGAAGAUGCUCGCUUCGCACCGCAUGGCGGCGCGGUGUACGUGGCGGAGCUCCGAUUCGGGUUACGGCGCGUCGAGGAGAUCGGAUGCAUCGCUGGCCGCUGGGACAGCGAAGAGACAAUGUCCGUCGACAGAGGACAGUGCCGUGGACGACUCUGGAGCCAGAGCUGUCUCGGGGCUUGCUUCGCGGCGGACGACCCGAAUACUGUCAGCCGGGGACGCAAACGACGACGGCGCCACGGUUGUGGAUGGUGCACGACAUGCCCGGCGCGGCUCGCAUGUCGUUCACGAGCUCAAGUGCCCGGAUACCCUGAAGCGAGCCGUUCGCGAAAGUGUCCUGGGCGAGAGGCCUGUCUCGAGGCCUGUCUCGAAGUUCCAGAACUGGCCAAUCAUGGAGAAGCGGCGGACUGUCGCUGGGCGAGAUGUUGAUUUGUACGCAGACUGGGCUGAGUAUUACUUUGAGAGUACAGGCUCGGAGCGGACAAGCCUGGGGGCCACAGUGAAGACAACAGGCGACGAAACCGACGAGACGAUGGGGACCAUGGAGAAGAGGGAGACGAUAUGGGAAGACUUUGUACCGGAAAGUCCUUCGGCGGAUGAGUUUGUUCUCGCUCGGCAGAAGAGUACUGUUGCUCUGCUAUCCAGAGGCAGUGUUCAUCUCGGGUCUUUCUUCUCGGACGAUAGUGAUUCUGAUGAAUGUGGAUUCAUCGGAUCCUAG